CGGACCCCGUCAACCUGCAGAACUUCAGCAUGGAGGACAUCUAUGUCAGACAUGUGGAGCUGCUGGGCUUCGAGAAACGCUUCUUCCCAAGUCAGCACUACGUGUACCUGCUGAUGGUGAAAUGGAGCGACCUCGCAGAGAAACUCAUCUACAGGACGUAUCCUGAGAUCCACACCUUCCAUAAAUCACUAAAGGAGAUGUUUCCUAUCGAGUCUGGACAAAUCGAGAAGAAGGACAGAAUAAUCCCUUCACUACCAGCUCCUCGGUGGCUGGACAGUGAGAAGUCCAGAGAAGACAGGAAGUCCACCUUGGCCGAGUACUGCCAGUCGCUCGUCAACCUGCCGCCUCACAUCUCCCGCUGCAAACAGCUCUCCAGCUUCUUCAAAGUGCGACCCGAGGAUGAGAACCCUCCUGCACCGAACACGCUGAAAAGAAACGAGACGUUUGUGGAGUCCAGGGAACUAACAAGAGGCACCGCGUCUGAGAUUUCUGGCCCCAUCAUCCUGGACACGUACAGGGUCAUCGCAGACCUGGACAAAACAUCAAAAUACGAGAUAGCCCUGCACACCGGAGACCUCGUGGAAAUUGUGGAGAAAAGUCAGAACGGUUGGUGGUUCUGUCAGUGCGAGACCAAACGAGGAUGGGUUCCUGCCUCCUACCUGGAGCCUCUGGACGGACCUGAGGAGGCAGAGGAGGCUGAACCUGACUAUGAAGGGGAGCUGCACGUCACUAAUCAGGCCUACAAGGCCGAGCAGGAGGACGAGGUUUCUCUCGAUGUCGGAGAAACUGUGGAGGUCAUUCACAAACUGCUGGACGGCUGGUGGGUGGUCAGAAAGGGGGAUGAGACGGGUCAUUUUCCCUCCAUGUUCCUGCAGAAGGCCGACAGCAAGAAUGGACCAGUGAGGACCAACCCACGGGGGCAAAAACCUCCUCCACGCAGGUCCACCAUCAGAAACGCCAAAAGCAUCCACAACARAUCCCGUCAGCGGCUCAGCCAGGAGGCGUACCGCAGGAACAGCCGCCGGUACCUGCAGCAGAAGGGCAGCCGCCUAGCUUCGCCUCACCGGAACUCUGCCAAGUCUCCGCUGAGGGAGAGGAAGAAUCAGGAUAACAUCCCUGAGGUGUCUGGUUCCGGCUCUGAGAGCGAACUGAAGAAGGAGGCUCCGGUCAUCCCGCCGAGGCCCAGCGCCGAGCUCAUCCUGGAGCGCUGCACCGACAACACCCGCAAGAGGGUCAGCAUCCACAUGCCAGGCUCCGGAUCAACCAGCUAGUGCCGCCGAGUGUGUGAGGAUGUCAAAACUGUAGCUCCUGGAUGUCAUUCUGUUGGGUUUUAUCAAACAAACAAAGCUCAAUUAAACGGUGGGAAACUGUUUUAACAGAAGAUCAGACAUUUAUGCUGAGAAAAACCUGCAGCUUUCGCUGUACAAAAAAAAAAUCUUACCUGUUUACAGUUACUGAAACAUUGUUAAAAAUACAAACAUCCUACAUUUCUAUUCACUUUUAUUUACAAACAUAUUUAAAAUGAGCUUUAUUGGUAUUUGUUAUGACAGUAAAAUGUCCUUAAUGUGUCAUGUUGCUGCUGGUACCACAGUGACAGUAAACAUGAACAGAUCUAGACCAGAAUGCAUUGCAAAAACCUGAUUGUGAGCAUGCAYGUUGUUAAGGUCAACCAGUUUUUUAACUGUGCUCUAAAGAUGCAAAACCCUCACCAUGAGCUUCAUUUGUUUGUCUAAAUCCCAAAUAUUGUUGUGAGCAGUUUGACACAGAAAAAACCAAAAUAACUCUCAUCCUGCUUUACUUUGAGAUGAGUUCAGUUUUGUGCAUAUUUUUUUCCCUGCUACAUAAAAUAUGAAGCUAAGAAAACAYGUCUGGUAGCAAACUAUGAAGCUAUGUGUUUGUUUGUAAGUUUUGUUUUUAUUUAUAAAGCAAUAAAAAAUCUGUGAAGUUU